UUUAUCCAAAUAAAACUUCCAAAAAGUUUAUCCGACAUAAUUUUUCUAAGGAAACUUAUGAUACAAUUAAUUUGGAGUCAUCUAAUGAAGAUAAUACUUAUUUAUCUCUUGAAUCAGAUACUUUAGCUCUAGCUCUGUUUUCUCUAUCUUCUCCGUCCCCUAAACCAAAAAUUAAAAAACAAAAAAAUGGUUUAAAUGAUAGCAAUAAAGA